AUGCUGCCCCAUAGCGGCAGCGACCCCAGCUUCAUCCCUUUAGCUGUGACGACUCUCGAAUCCCUUCAGACGCGUCUGGGCAAGUCAUGGGAACCCGUCCUCAGUCUUUUGCGCGAGAUGCAGGGUGCAGACCUACCGGCCGAGCCCCAAAUUGACCUGCUCCCGCCGAUCAACCGUUAUUUACCCCGCGCCGACCAUCAUUCAGUCAUCCGCGAUAUUCUCUGGACUCUUUCUUCGGAAGUGGCUGCUGAUACUGACACUACUCCCAUCGCACUGCGCACGAUGUCUCUCGCAUAUCAGCUAUACGCCGGGCGCACCAUGGCCGCGUUUCGUGUCCAUCACGCUCUUUCACUCCCACUGGAGCAGCCAAGCGAUUUCGCCCUCUACAUGCGACCAAUGAACCGCGUAGCUAACAUCCUUUUCUCGUGGCGUGGCACCAAGCGCUUUCAUUCUAUGUUCCCAUCCAUCGCUCAAUUUAUAACGCGACAACUCAUGCAUAGUGGUCUCAGCGAACGGGAGUUCUAUCGCGCCUUCCGCCGUCGCCAGUUCAUUGCAUGGCUCGGGCUUCUAUACGAGAUUCUUAACCCAAAGGUCUCGCUCAACAUGAACAUCAAGCCCAUUGUACUCCUGACGGUCGCGGAGCGCAUGAUUCCCCCUAUGGAGGGUCGUCGCGUCCAGGUCGAAUGGCUUUCGGCUCUGGUAGAACGGGGAGCAGUGUCCACAACUUCGGUCGACAAGUUGUCCACGGAACAACUCUUCGCGCUGCGCAGAGCGCACGUCAUAUGGCACGCGGUCAAGAGGCGCUGUAUGGAGUGCCGUACAAAAAUCGCUGACGAGGUGAGCCCUCAACGAUGCGGUCAUUGUCAGCGGGCCAUCUACUGCACCAAAGGCUGUCAAGCCCAACACUGGGCUACUUCCCAUCGCGACAUUUGCAAGAUCUGGUCAAUUGUCAACAUGCGCUCGAACAAGCCGGAGAUCCGCCAGGGCAUGAAAGCGCUUCCUAUUGACGUUACGUCUAUGUUCGAAGAAUGA